AUUGAACAGAAAUUCCUUAUCGAUGUAGUGGAUGAGUUUAAGGGUGUAUUGGAGUCGAAACAAAAUGAUAUUCGGCCCAUACAAAGGAAGGAAAAGGCGUGGAAAGAAAUAGAGGCGAAUUUUUGUUCCAUGCCCACUUUCUUUAAACGAGAUCACAAGCAGUUAAAGAAAUGCUGGAAUAAUUUAAAAAUGAAGGCAAAAAAGUCUGAAGCGAUGAAAAAAAGAGAGAAAGAAAACUGGUGGUGGUAUACUGGAGACAAUGGAUUCUAG